AUGAAGGUCUGCGUGGUGCAACCACACAUCAUCUUCUGGUCGAAAAGUGAAAACUUGAAGCACAUUCGCUCUUUGAUUGAUUCUGUAGAAACCCAAAUUGACUUGUUUGUGCUUCCAGAGACUUUUAAUACUGGAUUUCAUCCCGAUGCGAAGUUGAUAGGAGAAGAGGAAGAGGGCGGAGAAACCCUUGAGUGGAUGAAGGACAUUGCUAUUAAGAAACGGUGUGCAAUUACUGGCUCUAUUGCUGUGAGAGUAGGCGAGGGUUUUAAAAACAGAAUGUACUUUGUAUACCCCAAUGGCACUUAUUUGUACUAUGACAAGAAACAUUUAUACACGAUGGGUAAUGAAGAUGACAAUUACAAGAGUGGAUCAAGUCGAGUGAUUAUAGAGUACAACGGGUGGAAGUUUUUAUUAGCAAUUUGUUAUGACGUUCGCUUCCCAGUCUUUUUGCGAAACAAAGAAAGCGAUUUGUAUGACGUUUUGAUAGUUGUUGGGUGUUGGAGUGCAAGAAACCGCACGCAUUGGAAAACACUUACAAAAGCAAGAGCAAUUGAAAAUCAGUGUUUUGUAUUGGCUUCAAAUUGUUGGGGUGUGUAUGGAGACGCAAGAAGUUCUGGUGAGUCUAACGAUGACUUGAUAUUCUUAGGAGAAAGUCGAAUAUAUGAUCCAUAUGGUACAGCCGUUUGUAAAGGGAAAGAAAGUGAAGAUCAAUGUCUGUGCUACAUUUUGAAAAAGGAAGAAAUUGAAAAAAGAAGAAUGACCUUUCCUGUCCUUAAAGAUGAAGAUCAAUUUCGAAUUAUUGGUGUUUAUCGUUACAUAAUACCUUAUAUCAAUAUAAUAUAA